AUCGAGCGUGUCGUUGCUGAAUAUUAUAGAAAAAGGACUAUCAACUCCAGUUUUGGCAGUUGAUAGAUCGUACCUCCACCAGUACGCGUCUGUUGGUACAAUCAGAUUGAGAGUAACCGAAUCGUAGUAGAAGAGGCCAAUCUUCAUCCCGGGCGGUGCAUCUCUCUAAUCUACUUAAGUAUGAUCUAUCCAUCCGAUCCAUAUAUGCCCCUGGCAGCAGCGGCAGCAGCCCGUACGUGAUUUGAGGAGGGAAUCUUCCAUGUUACGUAGGUCGAGCAAGAGGCGGAGCCGGACGCAUCUAUGGCUACUUCACCGGAGAGCGUGAGCGUGCAGGGGAGGCAAUCGCCGGACGCCAUGGCGAAGACGGAGGAGAAGAAGAAGGCGCAGGCAGCGACCGACGAUGGUGCCGGCGGCAAGGAGACCACCGCGGACGUGCUGGCCGUGAUCGGCAGGCUCGUCGGCCGCCCCUUCCUCGACGAAACCGCGUCCAAGCGGCUGGAGAAGCUCGGGAGGAUGCUGGCGACGGAGGCGGUCCUCGAGACCCUUCUCCGCGGCGCCGACCGUCGGCUGCUGGGCAGCCUCGCCGCGGACCUCCGGGAGGCGGAGGCGGCGCUGGACGACGUGGAGGACCGGCACCUCCGCCUGCAGGGGCUCAUCGUGGCCCACAAGGGCCGGCGAGAGGCGGAGCCUGGUGAGGAAGCUGCUGCUGGAGCUCAAGUGCUCCCGCAUGAAGGCCAAGCUGGAGAGGCGCCUGAGCAAGGCGGAGGGCAUCGUCGGCAGAGCGCACCGCCAGGUCAAGAGCAUCGUCGACGUCGACCGCCGGAGAAGAUCGCUCGUUCCUGCUUCCUCCGCCAGUUCAAGGCGGCAGAAUAGUUUCUUGAGUUAAAGCAGAACAGCAUACAUCAGCUUUGUUCUGGAUGAUAGGAAAUCUUGACAUCAAUAUUAGAUGAUCUGGACACGCGUCUGCGCUAAUUUUUAUGUUGCAGCUCUGUUUGGCGUCGCCAAGGGUCGUCGUAAUCUCGUUUGCUCGACCUGUUCUUGGAUAUUUUCUUGGAUGUUGAGCAUUUGUGGAUAUUCCAUAUAUAG